AUGGUUGUCUCCUUGUGGGUUUAUACUAUCUAUUGUCCAACUCCAUCGAACAAAGAAGAUCCAUUUAGAAUUUCUCAUUGUCUCCGACAUUUCUACCUUCACUUCUUUUUUUCUCUCUCUUUUUAUGUUUACUUUUCCUUUCUCGCCACCUCUCGAUUUUCUCUCUUCUUUUACGUCUCUCUUCACUUGUCUUUAAACAUCUUUAUUUAUCCUUUUCCCCACCAUCCUUUUCUAUCUUUCUUUUCCAUUAUCUUCUUUACUGUCAUUUUUCGUUUUUCGCAUUUUUCUUUGUGUCGCUUUCUUUCUAUUUUUCUUGCUUUCUUUAAUACCUUAUUUAUUAUCUUUCUUUUUUUCCUUUCUUUUUUGUCAUUUUUUUCUCUUCCCUUCUUUCUUUUCUUCUUCUAUUUGUCUCCUUGUAUCUCUAUGUAUUUUUUCUUGCUUUCUUUCUGCCUUUAUUUCUUCUUUCUUUCUUUCUUUCUUUAG